AUGCCCCAAGGACGUCGAAAAGUGCCCUUCAGUGGCAAACAGAAAAAACAGCAAAUACAAGAAAAAAGGAAGAGAAAACAACAGAACACAGCGUCUGGUUCUGAGAAUAGUUAUGAAAGAGCCGAAGGGAAUAAUGACAGACCUCCCAAGGAACGUUUGCCCGAAUUCAACGUACAGAGUAUCAAUCAACAGCCAUUACAUCGCGGCGGAAAAUCUAAUCCUAACCAGUAUGUACUACAAUUUCGUCGAGAAACUGAAGAAGAAAUAAAGAAAAGAAAAGAAGACGCAAGAAAACAGAUAAUUCCAGUAUCUGAAGAAGAACUUGAGUUUGACCCCGCUCCUUAUUUUUGUGGCGAUGAGCUUGGUUUUCCAACGCGACCUAAAUGGAGUCCAGAUAUUACUAGAGAGCAGCUGGAUAGGCAUGAAUAUGGUUAUUUCAGGGAGUAUUUACUGACAAUGAAAAAAAGAAGUGACUGGGAUGAGUUAAGUUAUUUUGAGCUGAACUUGGAAACUUGGCGACAGAUGUGGCGUGUUAUGGAAAUGUCAGAUAUUAUUGUGUGGAUAGCUGAUGCUCGUUAUCCAGCUGUCCCUACAUAUUUGUUUACAUAUGUAUUAAAGACUUUAAAAAAGAGUUUGAUUAUAAUUCUGAAUAAAAUGGAUUUGGUGCCUUCAGCUAUUGGUUUGGCAUGGAAACAUAAAAUAACACAAACAUAUAAUUUAGAUGAUGACGUCAAAGCUAAAGUUCACGUGUUGUUUUUUACUUCUUACAAGAACAGUUCUGAAUUUAAAGAAGGUGUUCAGAAAAAAAAACCCAGAGGUAAAUUAAAGAUGGCUGCAGAGGCUGCAGAAAAUUUGUUGAAAGAAUGUAAAAGUAUCAUUGAUAAAUAUCAGGCAAAGAUUGACUUACAGAGCUGGGAAAAUAAAAUUUCAGAGGAAAAAGAACAAGAAUAUGAUGAUGAAGAAGAUGUAGAAAUAGAAGAAAAAAUUACAGCUGUUCCAGAAACGAGUUAUGAACAUUUUGAUUUGUUUCAAAACAAUUAUCUUACAAUUGGUUUGCUGGGUCAACCAAAUGCUGGGAAAUCAUCUGUUUUGAAUGCAUUGAUGGGCAAAAAAGUUGUCAGUGUUUCUGGAACUCCUGGACAUACAAAGCAUUUUCAGACGAUAUUUUUGACUCCCAGUGUCCGUUUGUGUGACUGUCCUGGACUUGUGUUCCCAUCUAAACUCCCCAAGCCAUUACAAGUUUUAAUGGGAUGUUAUCCUAUUGCACAACUUCGUGAGCCAUAUUCGACUAUUAAAUUUUUAGCUGAAAGAUUAAAUCUGAUAAAACUUUUAAACCUACAACAUCCAGAGUCUGGAGAAAACGAAUGGUCUGCAAUAGACAUUUGUGACAGUUGGGCAAUUAAACGAGGUUUUAUAACCGCUAGAGCAGGACGACCAGAUACAUAUCGUGCUGCCAAUCAUUUACUACGUAUGACACUUAGUGGAAAAAUUUGCUUAGCAUUGAGACCUCUUGGAUUUACAUUAAACAAAAAACAUUGGAUGUCUUCUGCAGAGCUAAAACAUAUAUGGAAAAUUAAAGGCAUUGUGGAUGAGCUGGAUACAUUUGAACAUAGUUGUAUAGAACUAUCAGAUGAUGAGCAAAAACCAUCUCUAUCUGGUCCCAAUGACACUAGUGAAAUUGAGGAUGAUGGCAGUGAUGAAGAUGAAUCUUGUGAUAGCGAUAGUUCAGAAGUAUGUGGUGCAAUUGCAUCUAAUAAGUUUGCCGCAUUGGAUAUGUCUGAUUGA